AUGGAAUUCUUCACCGCUCCCAGGUCCAGGUAUACAAUAUUUGGAGAGGCUAUCCGCUACGUGGUCCCAGCCGAUGUACAGUGUUCUUACGGCUGCGGAGGACAAGAUUGCAAAUAUGACAGCCCCACCUACUGGAGUGAAGAGCAACAGGCAAUCAAAGGGCUCUUCUCCUCCUGGGUGACGGACCAUAUUCUGGCUUGCUCCAGACCCUCCACCGAAACCAUUGAAAAAUAUGAGAUAAUUGAUCAGUUUAAAAGAAAUGACAUUAGAACAAUUAUCAACCUACAAAUUCCUGGUGAACACGCGCACUGUGGAAACCCUUUGGAGCCAAACAGUGGAUUUUCAUAUCGUCCAGAAGUGUUCAUGGAGAAUAACAUUUACUUUUAUAACUUUGGCUGGAGUGACUAUGGCGUGGGCUCCCUGACCGCUGUGCUGGACCUGGUGAAAGUCAUGGUGUUUGCUCUGCAGGAGGGAAAGGUGGCCAUCCACUGCCACGCUGGGCUGGGGAGGACAGGCGUCUUGAUAGCCUGCUUCAUCACCUUCACCACCAGAAUGACCGCCAACCAGGCCAUCCUCUACGUCCGCUCCAAACGGCCAAACUCCAUUCAGACCCGGAGCCAGCUGCAAUGUGUGAGGCAGUUUGUGAAGUUCCUCGUCCCUUUGAGGAGCGUGUUUUCGUGCGCCAAACCAUUCACGCAGCCAGUCACCCUCACCCAAUACCUGAACCGCCAACGCCACAUGCUGCACGGGUAUGAGCGAAGGCAGCUGAGGUACCUCCCCAAGAUCAUCCAGCUGGUGUGCAAGCUCUUAAUAGACAUCGCUGAGAAUCGACAAGUCAUCGAAGAAGACAUUUUGGAAGCUCCAGACAGUGAAGACUUGGAGAUGGAGCAGAGCAUAAUAGAGAAACUAGGGCCUGAGAUUUUUGUCAACCAACGGCGAUUGCCCGGUUCGCCAAAACUCCCAAGACACUUCAACGAACCUCCGAUCUUUUACCAUCGCAAAAGUUUGUGUUAUAGCGAGUCAGACUUGAGAAGACUUGGCUCAGAUCUAAAUCUUUUGACACAACAGGUCACGUCUUUAUCACAAGACGACAUUGGAUAUCGCGGGUCACCGACAAGUGGGAAGAACAAUCUGUGGAGCAGCAAUGCCUCGCUCUCCUCAGUAAGCUCCUGCAGCUCGUUGUGGGAGGUCAAAAACUUGGAGCACCAGAAAGAUGGCUCUGUUUUGGUCAAGAAAGCCAAGAAAGAAGGAAUUCAACGCAGCGAGUCCGUGGAGGAUACUAAAGGUGCGGCAAAAGGAGGAGGGUUGCUUUCCAGGUUGAAGAUAGCGCAGAGGGAGGAGUUGGCGAUGAAUGGGAUGAAGGCCGGGGCAAAAGAGGAGGAAGUGUCUGAGGUGCCCUUCAUAACGCUGCAGGCGGAGCUGUCGCUGGACGCCCGCAGGCUGCUGGUGGCUCAGGCUCUGGCUGUAGACUUGUUCUUGGACGGGCAGGAGGUCCACAAGAAGAAGGUGUUGAAUUGGCAGGCGGACCUGAACCAGGGCGGGGCGUGGGAGCAGCUGUGUCUUGAGCAUGACCCCUUCAUCCUCACGGGGCUCAUGUGGGCCUGGCUGGAGCAGCUCCGAGAACCUGUCAUCUCUGCUGAAGACGCUCAAGCACUGGAUCCAAGUAACACCAACCCCAAAGCAGAUCUCAGCUCACUGGAACAGGGCGCCAGAGAAACGCUCACGUGCAUCCUGGACUGUAUGGCUCACAUGGAGGUCAUCCCAGAGAAGGUGGAGAUUGCGUUUUUUAACCGAACCAUAAAGGCGUUUACUAGGGUGCCAGACGCAGACGGGGAAAGUGAGCUGUACAAGUCUCUGUCUGCCGUGUUUCUGCAAUUCCUGGAAGAGAGGAGAAACCAGCUCAUAGUAACAGAUCUACCGCGUAAUGUCAACUGA